AUGUAUAAGAUUCUUAGUAUCAUACUCCUUGUUGUUGUUGUUGCUGUUGGCUUUUCGAAUGCUACUCGUUCAUUUAAUACGCCAUCAAAAAACUUCGAACGUUUAACAACUGAUGAUCGCGAGAAAAAUGUUGACCUUGAUCUUUGUCCCAUGUGUAUAAAUGAAGCCGUAGCAGCCAUUAAUGUUAUACUCAAUGCAAUUCUCGAUGAAGGUAUUUUGGCAGACUGUAAUAAAUUAUGCAGUAUCGUUGCUAAUAAAAGUUCAUCGUUUAUUGGUACUAUGUGUGAUCUAGCAUGUGAUGCUCUUGGUAUUGAUGAGUUUAUUCAUUUCAUUAUUGCUGCUGAUCCAGAUCCAAUUUGGUAUUGUGAAAUAGCCCGUUUAUGUCCAAUUAAUGAUAAUGGUGAUGCUAAAUUUGUCAAAUUUAGUGUUUUACCAAGUACUGGUCCACAAGGUACUACAUUUGUUAUUGAUUGUUCAUUUAAAUCCUUGAAUGGAACUGGCACAAGUAUGCUACGAUUGGAUAUCACUGACCCUACCAAUGAAACAGAUAGUAAUGAUUUCCUCAUUGAAGCUAAAAAACCUGGUACAUAUAGCGAAAAAAUUGGUCUUAAAACGUUAACAGCCUUGAAUUGUGAUCCAACAAAAAGAAUUUGUGAUAGUUUCCUAGUAGGUACUUAUAAUGUGACGGCACAAUUUUGUAACGGAGAAUGUGAUUCACAUCAUCCACAUUCGGGAAAUUAUGAUUUGGGAAAAGCUUCAUUUACAGUUACGAAAAAGAAAUAA